UGACAUUUGUGUUUUUCGCGAAGAUUGUUUGUAUUGUUGUGGUGUUGUUUGAAACUUAAAUUCUUUUGGAAUUGAUAAUAUAGAUAGAAAAAUGAACGAGAACGAUAUAAAUAUGACUGGUCAUGUUUCUAUAAGAUUGGCGUCUGAGAGAGUUAAUCAUUGUGUAGCCUCAAGCAAUGAUACACCCAGGUUCUAUACGCCGGGAGAGGUUAUAAGUGGAAUGCAGGAUUUCAUGCGUGGUCAUGGAACAUAUGUAGAAGAUAAUUGUCUUAAAUCUUCAGUGGCAGGUGUAAUGCAAAAAGUGAACAAAUUGAUAUGUGUACGACCAUUGAAGAGUCGGUAUGUAGGUGAAAUUGGUGAUGUAGUUGUCGGCAGAGUGCUUGAAGUGCAGCAGAGGAGGUGGAAAGUGGAAACUAAUUCACGAUUGGACUCAAUAUUGCAAUUAUCCUCCGUGAACUUGCCUGGUGGAGAACUGCGUCGCAGAUCAGCUGAGGAUGAGCAAACAAUGAGGAAACAUUUAAAAGAAGGAGAUCUUAUCAGUGCAGAAGUUCAAAGUGUGUUCGCUGAUGGCUCAUUGUCACUCCACACAAGAAGCUUGAAGUAUGGCAAGUUAUCGCAAGGAGUGUUAGUGAAGGUGUUCCCAUCGUUGAUCAGGCGCCGCAAGAACCACUUCCACAACCUGCCGUGCGGCGUCUCCGUCAUCAUCGGCAACAACGGCUUCAUAUGGCUCAGUCCGCGGCUAGAGGAAGCGACGAUCGACGAGAAUCCAGAUGAGACAAAAAAUAAUGAGUUGCAGCCAGUCGAUAGUAUAGACAGAGAAACAUUAGCAAGACUUAAGAACUGUAUAGCAGCUCUCGUCGCUUCAAAAAUGAUGCUCGACGACUCUAGCAUCAUGUUUGCAUACGAAGAGAGCCUGAAGUAUGAGGAUGUGAAGGAGCUGCUGGACCCGGAGGCUAUGCUGGACGUGGCCUUUAUGACACAGCACAGACUGAACAAUCUAAUGGACGAGUGACAUUACAAAACAAUAAUAAAAACCAUGUUUUUCUUAUAUCCUCCAAUUUUAGUCACAAAGACCUGCUGACUUAUUUGAUUGAUUGAUUGAUUGAUUGGUUGAUAAUAUUUCAACUACAUACUAUAAGUUUGCGCGUGGCCAGAAUCGGAAGUAACCAAAAGUGCCGCCAUCUUGUUGUCUAUCUCUAUCUAUCUCUCGGCGGAUAAAAGAGAUCACUAGCGCUGGCAUAUAAUUGCGCCGCCAAGUCGCGCGUUGACUAAUGACUUACCUUGCGCGAAUUCUAUAUGAUAUCCACCAGUAGGCACCGGAUGACAUUUGUAUUUCGUAUGGUAUGUAUAUGACAUUUUGUCAAUUGAUUUGUUGUUUAUUUUAAUAAGUUGAUAAUAAAGACCAAAGUAGGAAAUAGGCCAGCUGGGCCUGUAGCCAUGUGGCGAGUCAUUUCUCUUUCUACAAUCGUAAACGCUUCAAAAUUAAAAAAAAAAGUGUGCGUCUUGCGACGCUCGACUGAAGUGAUAACUUAAACAAAUUGCUACUAAUUAAUUAAAUAAAAUUAAUUAUUGAAUAUAAUUAAGAAUCAUCUAUUUUCGGAGAGGUGUGAUUGAAUACUUUGACAGCAACAACAUAAAGCUAAACUUUUAAAAUAGUCUGUGGUCGUAAAACCAGUCCGAAGUUCGCUCUGUCAACUGCAACUGUCAAACGUGACGACUUCAACUGCAACGCGUUACGUUACUAUUACUAAGCAAACAAGAGCAAGCCGCCCGGUUACGGUUUACAUGGGCAAUUAAAACUAACAAAUCUAGGACGAUUUGAGAGGAUGUUUAAGAAUUUCUAAGUAAAUAAUAUGAAAACUGUUGUAGGUAAAUAAAAGUUGUAAAUAAAAUCUUUUGUUCGUAAUAAAA